GAUAGGUGAAGCUAGAUAGACUAGAGCAAAGUACCAGUUAGACACACAAUACAAAGACUUGUGUGAAACAAUUUAAUACUGCAUUUAUUGCAGCUUUACAUUGGGCUUCAGACAUAUUUGAACCAAAAGAAAUCUACUGCAAAGGAUACAUUUAACAUGGCAGCUGGUGAGAGAAUGAAUGCUGAUGACUGCAAUGGACAUUCAUAUAUGUCAGCCAGUGGAGGAGAGACGGCGACAGAGCGUGGUGAUUUCUGUGGAGGUCUGAGGGUUCCGGCCGUGAGAACUCAACAGUCCUCUCUCAACCAAUCUCUCAGUGUGAACUCUAUUAAGGUAGAGGAGGACAGUGAAGAUGAGCCUGUUGGUGCUCUACAGCCAGAGAGGAGAAAAGGAGAGAGGGAUGACAGAGAGGACACAAUAGAAGAAGGGAGUGGAGAGCUGGGAGGAAGGGUGGGUCGAGGGAGUGCAGGAAGUGGUUACGGGGAGCUGGCCAGUCCUCAGCCUGCGUCCCCUGGUCCCAUCCGACUGCCCAAUGGGAAGCUCCAAUGUGACGUGUGUGGAAUGAACUGUAUCGGGCCCAAUGUACUGAUGGUGCACAAGCGCAUCCACACAGGUGAGCGUCCAUUCCAGUGUACCCAGUGUGGAGCCUCCUUCACCCAGAAGGGGAACCUGCUGCGCCACAUAAAGCUGCACUCUGGAGAGAAACCCUUUAAAUGUCCCUUCUGUAACUACGCCUGCCGCCGCCGGGACGCACUCUCUGGACACAUCCGCACCCACACUGUGCCCUCUCUGACAGUGGGUAAACCUUACAAGUGCAGUUACUGUGGUCGUAGCUACAAGCAACAGAUCACCCUGGAGGAACACCUUGAACGCUGCCACAACUACCUAAAGUGUCUACAGAACCAUCAGCCAGCACUCAGCACUGAACACACUGCACAGGGCAUGGAGCCGAUGUCUGAGCCAGAGGCUGUCCUCCAGCCGUCCACUGAGAAACUGUCCUUUAUAGACAGACUGGUGAACACCAUCACCAAACGCAAGAGGUCCACUCCACAGAAGUUUCUGGGAGAAAAGCACAUGAGGCUCAACGAGCCUGAUAUAACUUCUGAACUGUCCCCUGGUCCUGAAAAGGAAAAGGAUGGGGACCUGCACUCUGCACCCAACUCUCACCUUAAGGGAGAGGCUGGUGCUGCAGGGUUAGUGGGGAUGGGGGGCAGGUAUCUCCACAGGUAUGGAGGUGAUGAGGACCCUGGGUCUGAGCCCCCUCAGCUGGCCCUGCCCUACUCUGCCUGCCUAUCUGACCCCAGCCCAGUCAUCAGCUCUGUUUACAGCCACCCGAUUCCUCUGGGUCCCCAGGUCAAUGGAGCCGUAGGUGGGCGUGGAGGUGGGGUAGCAGCCAGGUUUGUGGAGCUCGCUGGAUGGGAAGCAGGCAAGGGACACAAUGACAUACCCUCAGGUCAGAGCCCCACGGUCAGCAAUGGCUACAGCAAUGGCCCCAGCAAUGGCUGCCAUGAUUUCAAAGACAAGUUCGACACAGAGAGCACAGCAGAUGAGCAGCAGAGCACCGUUGUUACAGCUCUAACCAGCAACUCCAACAACUACCACCUCCUUCCUAACCUACAGUACAUAGCCCCAGCCCUGCCCAGCAGCCGUCGUGACCGCCGUCCAAACCCCAAUCCCAGACACGCCCAAGACCCAGAUAUAGAAAGGGAGAGAGGGUACACCGACACCACCAUCCCCACCACUGUGAAGGGAUCAGGGAGCCCUGGUCCAGGGUCACCAUCCAUCUCCGGGGAAGCUUCUAUACAGGUACAGGUGGUGGACGGGGAGGGGCGAGCGGUGCGGUCAUUCCGCUGUGAGCACUGUCGCAUGUUCUUCCUGGACCACGUGAUGUUCACCAUCCACAUGGGCUGCCACGGAUUCCACCAGCCUUUCCAGUGCAACGUCUGUGGCCACUGCAGCUGCAACCGCUACCAGUUCACCUCGCACAUCAUCCGCGGGGAGCACCAGGUGGGCUGAGGACGGGAGCACCAGGUGGGCUGAGGACGGGUGCACCAGGUGGGCUGAGGACGGGAGCACCAGGUGGGCUGAGGACGGGAGCACCAGGUGGGCUGAGGACGGGAGUGAAGGGGGAGAGCCGGUCCCAACUGCCCUACCCCUUAGCCCUUCCCCUUCAAUGUUUACACAUCUGAAGGGUCUGGAUAGGUAUAAUCAGUGUAGUGGUGGAGAUUUCACUGUAUUGCUUUCACAUUACAAGGGAGUGGGAGUGAAUUGAGACUGACUGUGGGUGAAGGGGAUGGGUGGGGCGAGGGAAAGGCAGGGGUGUCUGCUUCUUUGAGGUGACAUGGGCUGCUUGUUCUGCACCAGAUUACACACAGACAGACACCCAUUGCCUUAACUGUUACAUAGAAGUAACCCUGGAUGAUCUUGCUGUGACUGAGAGAAGGCAUAUUGUUUAAAUUUACAACUGUUAAUGUAAUGACGGAGUACGUGAUCAUGUGUAAAGGACAUUAUGAACAUGAAAUAUCCUGCCUUAGGUGAUGUGGAUCCUUCACUGUGGAUGGUUACAGAUUUUAACCAUGGAGAUUAAGAAAGCUAAUAGGGGCCUUAUAAUACUGGUGCAGAUCAGACUGUUGACCCAUGUCCAGUGAUGGAUAGGGCUCGACUGAGGUGGUCAGGUAGACGAGGCUGCUACAUCUAAUGGAGGAUUGCACUUCUAGAUUAUUGGUUUGAAUGUGAUAAUAGUGUGACGUGAAAACUACUUUUAGCUUUGGAGGGUAUUCAAUCAAUCAAUCAAUCAAAUGUAUUGAUAAAGCCCUUCUUACAUCAGCUGAUAUCUCAAAGUGCUGUACACAAACCCAGCCUAAAACCCCAAACAGCAAGCAAUGCAGAUGUAGAAGCACGGUGGCUAGGAAAAACUCCCUAGAAAGGCAGGAACCUAGGAAGAAACCUAGAGA